AUGUCGAAAUCUCUUCCACCCAGCCCGAGCGAUGAGCGCUCUCCACUCCUACCCCAUGAUGCUCUUACCCGCGACGAUCCAGACUCCUCCACCAACCUCGUCCUCUUCCGCCGCGCCAUUGGGAUCAACACAUGCUCAGAGCCCCGCGACGACUGCAACCUUGAAGCUGGCCGCACCACCGCCCUCGGCAUCUACGCCGGGACCAUCGCCGGCCACCGUCGCUUCCGCACCCUCCGCAUCGUCGCCACCGUCCUGGUCUACACUUGCCAUGCCACGCAGCUGGUCAUCGGCGCCGUCCUGACAACCAUGGGCCCGUCGGCCGGCACCCACCGGGUCGGCAUCACCGUGUUGGGCGGGGUAAACACCGCCGUCGCGGGCGUGUUGACUUGGAUGAAGGGCCAGGGGGUGCCGGACAAGCUGUGGAGAAAGGAGAUGGCGUUUCGGCGCUUGCUGGAUUGGAUUGAGGAGACGGAGGCGUUGCUGAUGCUGGGGACCAUCGGCGAGACGAGGGAGGAGGUCGGCGAGUUGAUCGCGGCUGCUUUCAGGAAGUGGCAUUUUGCGAACGAACGGGGUGAGGAUGGGAGCUCGGACGACUAUCAUAGCGACGAAAGUAAGGGAAGGAAAGGAAAGGGGCUUACAACGAAUUGGCUGCGAGGAUGGUGA